AGUGACGCGCUUUCCUGGCUGUCAAGCGUUCCAGCGUGGGCGGUUUGCCCCGGUGCGAUCCCCGGCCAUGGCGGGUCUGAGACCCCGGGAGAAGGUGGGCUGCCGGCAGUUACUAGAGCAGCUGGACACCGCCGACCUGCUGUCCCUGACCGAGACGGUCACCAACCGAAUGAUCCAGGUGUUCGGCAGGGAAGAAGCCAUCGAUGCAAUACUUGUAUACAGCGCAAGUGCCACAGAGCUCCUGAAACGAAGGAAGGUUCACCGUGAUAUCAUUUUUAAAUAUCUCGCUACACAACAGAUUACUGUGCUUCCAUCAAGUGAUAAGAAUCAACUUAUCCAGCAUGCUAUAGAGUAUUGGAAGGACGCAGUGAAAAAUCCCAAAUUGUCUUCCAAACCUCAGGCAAAGACAGAAGACAAAUCACACCUUGGGUCACUUGACUGUCAAUUGCUUGGAGAGCAAUUCUGCAAAUGGUUCUAUCAACUCCUUAACUCUCAGAACCCAGUGCUAGGACAUGAGAAGGGUGAUUGGGGACCUCAGCACUUCUGGGAGAAUGCUGUCUUGAAGUUUUCUUACAGCACAACAGAGGAAAACAUGGAAGAGUACAAUGGAGCCCAAAUGACUAGCCUUCGUCUGCUUGCUCUCACACGAGAGGAAAAGCUGGUUUUUAAUCCUAAUGUAGAUUCCAAAGGGUUAAAAUGUGUGACAUCCCCUCAUGGACUAGUUGUUGUUGCAGUUGCUGGGACAAUUCAUAGAAACAAUUCAUGGCUUGGAAUAUUUGAACAAAUAUUUGGGCUCAUUCGCUGUCCAAUUGGUGAAAAUUGGAAAAUCAGAUUUGUUAAUCUUAAAGUUUUUGGACAGAACACCACUGGCUCUGUGGACUCACCUCCCAUGCCUUCAAUUCAAUACAAAACAAACGAAUUAGAAGUUUUUUAUAGUUAAAACCUAUUUUACCAGAGUGUCCUCUAAAUACCAUAUGAUCAUUUCCCAUGAAUGCUUUAUACUCCUUUAACCCAUUUCUUACAGGAGAAAAAAAACGUGAGUUGUAAUUAAUAAUUUUAAUUUAGAAAAGAAUAUUGACAAGAAUGUCUGCCUGUCUUUUUGAUUUCUUUGAUAAACCAUUUUGAUGACCUUCACAGGGUGGAUAUGUAUAUUAAAGAUAACCUUUAAAAACAAA